CCUCUCUUAUACGUCUCUCACCUCAUUCUCUCCAACCAAACACCCCCUUGGCCCCCAUCCUCGCCCCCGGUUGCCCCAUCCUUUCUCUCUUUCUUCGCCGGAAUAUUCCUCCCCGGCCAAUCUACAAAUUCAAUUUUGCAGGCAUAUUUUUUUUCCUGAAAAAUUUUUAUUCAAUUUUUGAUAUAAUUCAAGGUAUUUUUCCCUCUAUUUCUCGAAUUUGUUUAGGUAAAAGCUUCGAUCUUGCGGGGUUAUUGCCAGAUCUGAUUUGAGGAUUAGGGUUUUGAUUUAUUAUAUGUUUGUAUAGAAUAAAUUAAAGUGUAGAUGUCUAUGCCUUCAUCUUAUUGGUGUUAUAGAUGCAAUCGUUUUGUUCGGGUCUGGACCCAAGAUUCCAUUACUUGCCCUGAUUGCAACGGUGGAUUCGUUGAAGAAAUCGAGACUCCCACUCGAUCCUCACUUUCCGAGUCUAGACGACGCCGUUUCCCCGCUGCGGCCAUGUACAUGAUGAGAAAUUCUGAUUCGGGUCAAGGUCCCCCCGGUUCCAGCUCUGGCUCCGGUUCGGGCUCUAGUCCUGCUUUACGUAGAAGCCGGAGGAACGGCGGUGACAGGUCUCCCUUUAAUCCGGUUAUAGUGCUUCGUGGGCCGGCUGACGGUGGCGGUGGGGCUGCUGGCGGUGGCGGUGGUGGUGGUGGAUUUGAGUUGUAUUAUGAUGAUGGAGCUGGUUCGGGGUUGAGACCUUUGCCUGCCAGCAUGUCGGAAUUUUUACUGGGUUCGGGUUUUGACAGGCUUUUGGAUCAGUUGUCUCAGAUUGAAGCGAAUGGGAUUGGGAGAAUAGAUAAUCCGCCCGCCUCGAAAGCUGCUAUUGAGUCAAUGCCUACUAUUGAGAUAAAUCAGAGUCACACGACAACUGAAUCCCACUGUGCUGUUUGCAAAGAGCCCUUUGAGUUGGGUUGCGAGGCCCGCGAAAUGCCCUGUAAACACAUAUACCACUCAGAUUGUAUUCUCCCGUGGCUUUCGCUGCGAAAUUCUUGCCCAGUUUGUAGACAUGAGUUACCAACUGAUGCUCGUGAUUCAGGUGAAUCGAACAGAUCAUCUAAUGAGCAGACUGGAGUUGGAAAUGAUGAUGACACUGUUGGUUUAACUAUUUGGAGAUUGCCCGGUGGUGGCUUCGCGGUUGGGAGGUUCUCGGGUGGGAGAAGAAAUGGGGAAAGAGAGCUCCCAGUAGUUUAUACUGAGAUGGAUGGUGGUUUUAAUAAUAAUGGGGUUCCUAGGAGGAUAUCUUGGGGUUCAAGAGGGGGUGUUUCCCGGCAAAGUGGAGGACUGAGGAGGGCAUUUCGAAAUUUGUUUGCCUGUUUUGGUGGUGUUGGUGAUAGUUCAUCAGGUUCUAAUUCAAGUUCAGAUUCAAGGGUAACUCGGAGAAAUAGGUCAUUCUCAUCUGUUUUUAGCUCUGGAACAACAGGGCGUAGAUACUGGGCCUUUGAUAUUAACGGUGGGAAUCGAAGAUGGUAAAUUUGGAAGGUAAUUUAAAAGCAAGCUGAGUGGUGAUCAUCGGGGUGUGAGGGGUCCUCUGGUCUUUUAUGGAAUGGUCUAAUUUGCUGCAAGUUGUAAAUAGCCUAAUAUGCAAUGAGGCCGGUUUAAUUUUUCAUUAUGCCAGUGAUGCAUUGAUGAUGGUUAAUAUACUGGCAGAAGGAGAUAGGAACAAGAUCAAAACAAUGGCAGAUGAUCGUCAGAGGAACACUCUAUUGUUUAAAUUGGCUCCUUGGAAUGUGAAGGUACACGGCUUCAUGUACCACAGUGCCUCUGAACGUUAGAGUUAUGGAAGUCAUUUCCUUUAAUUGUUUCCCUCUGUUGUUUUUCCUUUGCCAUGUAGUUUCUCUUAAAUUGGUGUUUGUUAUAUCAGUUCUUUUUCCCUGGGAAACUCCAAGUUAUAUUCAACAUAUGAACCUUGAAUGAGACGGAAGUAUGAUUAUUUGUAGAUGGAAACAAGUUUCAUGUGUCUUAAAUUGUUCUUCCAAGAAUGAAAUGCGCUUAUUGUAGCGAGACCUCACUUGUAUUUGAAAACUUGGAAUUUUGCCUCCCCUAGUUGGUGGAGUAGCAUUC